UUUUUUUGUUAUCAUUCGAUAGUCGUGUGCACCUUGGAGACUAUUACCCGCAGUGUGUCAUGUGAAGUGGUACAUUUUUAACGUAAUAAGGUCAUUUACGCGAUAAUUGAGAGUAAAAUGACGUUGGAAGGGAAUUUAUUGAUGAAAUCUAGUUCCCGGGGAUUUCAUCAUCUCGUUAAUGUCCGGAGGGUGACGUUUAUUAUGGGUAUUUUUUUGUUAAUGAUAUUGGCUAUUUAUCAUUAUAUUUCUGUCAAGGAGAGACAUUUAAAUGAAUUAAUUGAGUAUCAAGUCGUUGUGGAAUCGGAUAUCAGUGAUAAAGACGAAAUGAGGAUUCCAUUAACAACGUCAACAAUAACAACAAUUCCAACGAUUCCAAAUAUUAAUUACGAGAUGAAGGGAACAGAGGAAAUGGAAACAGAAUUUUUGAGACGAGGUGAUCACGUCAAACAAAAAUGCAAAGAAUUGGGACUCAUGGGGGGAAGAAAUUACGUGCCCCAAUCAAAUCCCCAGAAUUUCAUAAUUAAUUAUGAUUAUCAUGUCAUCUACUGUAGUGUUUUCAAGGCCGCAUCGACCUCGUGGCUGUACAAUAUGAAUUUAUUAGCUGGUAUUCCUGCCGAUGAUUUGCAAAAUAACCUGAAGAUAUCCCCAAUGACGAUGACGAGAGAAAAAUACAAAAGGCCUUUGCAAUCGGAGCUUUUGCAAGCUCUUGAUAAUAAUCUCAGUUUUCUUAUCGUGAGACAUCCCUUUGCACGAUUGGUCAGGACGUAUUACGAUAAAUUUAUGCUGGAAGGGGAUGAAAAAUUCUAUCAGGAGGUGGGACAGAGGAUCAUCGAGAGGACAAGACUAGAGGAGGAUUUGACAAGUAAAUUGAAACCACCAAUAAGUGAAAAUCUCCCUCCAACAUUUAAACAAACAGACCUUCCUCCCACCUUCGAGGAACUCGUCAAGUUCGUUCUCUGCGAGUGGAGGGACAAUAAACUACAAAAUGAACAUUGGAAACCCAUUACAAAAUUUUGUACUCCAUGUCAAGUACCAUUUGAUUACAUCAUCAAGUUUGAAACACUCGAGGAAGAACAACAAGUUCUCAUAGAACGUGCUAACCUUCAAGAAGUUCUAAAACCCCAAUGGGAGGACAAUUCAUCGAUUGAAGACCUGGAAGACCUUGAGCAAGAAUAUUUUUCCCAACUGUCGAAACAACAAAUCCUCGAUCUCCACGAGUACUACAAGGCUGAUUUUCAGCUGUUCGAGUAUUCAAUCGACAAGUACCUGAUCUACGGUCAGGACGUGCCCUUCGUGUCUCUCCCCUGUAGGGAGGUUCCCCCCUCAAGACCAAGAAAGUAAUAAUGACUCACCGGGAUGACUUGUUGUGAAGAUCAACUCCAAUAAUCCAUUUGUUAUCAAUUACUCGUUGCCACACACUUGUUAUCACUAACGGUUGAAUUCCAACACUUUUUUUUCUCCUCUGGCGCUUCGACACUGGUACACCAGACUCAUUGUAAUGCUGAAUAACAAUAAUUAAAAAAACAAUAUGUAGAACAA